AUGAUACAGAAUUCUGAGAAACGAGCUUGUCAGGAACACAUUGCCUGUAGAGCUCCACAGGCCACCCGCAAGCUCCUCAUGGAUCUCCUGGGAGCAGCGGCCCUUUUCCUGGUCAUCUGCCUCUCUUGCCUGAUGGUCCUCUCAACAUGGCGGCAGAGGCACCGCAAAAGCCAGAUGCCGCCUGGACCAACUCCCCUCCCCUUCAUCGGGAACCUGCUCCAAGUCAACACAAGUGAUAUGUACCAUUCACUCAUGGAGAUUCAUGAGAAAUAUGGUCCUGUCUACACCAUCCACUUAGGGCCCCGCCGCGUUGUGGUCUUGUGUGGAUACGAUGCAGUGAAGGAGGCCCUGGUGGAUCAGGCCGAAGAGUUCGGUGGCCGUGGAAAGCAAGCCACGUUUGACUGGCUUUUCCGGGGUUACGGGAUUUCCCUCAGUAAUGGGGAAAGGGCCAAACAGCUACGCCGAUUCUCCAUCAUGACGCUGAGGAAUUUUGGGAUGGGAAAGAGAUCUGUCGAAGAGCGGAUCCUGGAGGAGAUCCACUUCCUGCUGGAAUCCCUGAGGGCAACAAAAAGUGAACCCUUUGACCCCACUUUUGUCCUGAGCCGCUCAGUGUCCAACAUCAUCAGCUCCAUCGCCUUUGGCAACCGCUUUGAAUACGAAGAUCCGGAGUUUCUCUCCUUGCUCCGCGCUAUGCUGGAAACCUUCCAGUUUACGUCCACCUCUUGGGGACAGCUGUAUGACAUGUUCUCAGGCAUCAUGCAGCACUUGCCUGGCCCACAAGAUAAAACCUUCAAGAAGCUGUUGGGCCUGAAGGAGUUUGUUAUGAAGAAGGUAAAAGAAAACAAGGAGACCCUGGACCCCAACAACCCUCGGGAUUUCAUUGAUUGCUUCCUAGUGAAAAUGCAGCAGGAAAAGGGAAACCCAAACACAGAGUUCUUCCAAGAGAAUCUCGUUAUGACGACCCUCAAUGUCUUUUUUGCUGGCACAGAAACGAUCAGCACCACCUUGCGCUACGGCUUCCUGCUUCUGCUGAAAUACCCAGAAAUUGAAGAGAGGAUCCAUGAAGAGAUUGAACGUGUGAUUGGCCUUAAUCGCAUUCCCAACAUGGAUGACCGUCCCCUGAUGCCCUACACGGAUGCUGUGAUCCACGAGUUCCAGAGAUUUACUGACAUGAUCCCCUUGGGGGUAGCAAGACGUGUGACCCGUGAUACCAAGUUCCGGGGAUACACCAUUCCCAAGGGGACCGAAGUCUUCCCUGUGCUUGGAUCUGUGCUGAGAGACCCCAAAUAUUUUGAAAGACCGGAUGUGUUUGACCCCCAGCAUUUCCUGGAUGAGAACGGGCAGUUCAAGAAGAAUAAGGCUUUUAUGCCAUUCUCCAUCGGGAAACGCUAUUGCUUUGGGGAGCACCUCGCUCGGAUGGAGAUCUUCCUCAUCCUCACCAGCAUCCUGCAGAACUUCCGCUUCAAAUCUCCCAUCCCACCUGAAAAGAUCAACAUCUCUCCCAUGCUGGUUGGCUUUGCCACCCUUCCGCAUUUCUAUGAAAUGUGUGCCAUUCCCUUCUGA